AUGAAUGUUGAGAUGAAAGAUUUAUUAGAAAGAUUAGAACAAUUUGUACAAGAGAAAAGUGCUCUUGGUUUGAGAGAAGGUGCUGGGAGGAAGGUUUCACAAAGAACAACAACUUCCUUGGUUCAUGAACCUUGUGUCUAUGGUAGAGAUGAAGUCAAGGAAAAUCUGUUGCAAAUUUUGUUAUCUGAUGAUGCAAGCAAGGAUGAUGUGUCUGUCCUCACCAUUGUUGGAAUGGGCGGGGUAGGCAAGACAACCCUUGCCCGACUGCUUUACAAUGACGAUAAGGUGAAAGAACAUUUUCCACUUCAAGCUUGGGUUUGUGUUUCGGAAGACUAUGAUUCUAAUAGGAUAACUAAAACUCUUCUAGAGUCAGUCACUUCAAAGUCUUCUGAUAAGACAGAUCUAAAUUUGCUUCAAGUUGAAUUAAGAGAAAAACUCCAGGGAAAGAAAUUCUUAUUUGUGUUGGAUGACCUAUGGAAUGAGAAAUAUGGUGAUUGGAAACGCCUCCAAACUCCUUUUACUUCUGGGGCAAGGGGAAGUAAAGUCAUUGUAACAACACGGAGCCAACAUGUAGUAUCUGUCCUGCAAAGUGUUCAUGUUCAUCACUUGGAACCCUUGUCGCACGAAGAUUGCUGGUUCUUACUUGCAAAACAUGCAUUUGGAAAUGAAAAUUGCAGUGAUCCAAACUUGGAAGAAAUUGGCAAGAAAAUUGCACACAAGUUCAAUGGGUUGCCUUUAGCUGCAGAAACACUUGGGGGUUUGUUACGUUGCAAUAUAGAUUCAGAGGAAUGGAAUACAAUACUAAAUAGCAGUAUUUGGGAGCUACCCUAUGAUAAAUGUGACAUUCUUCCGGCUCUUGGGUUGAGUUACCAUUAUCUCUCCUCCCAGUUAAAACGAUGCUUUGUUUAUUGUUCAAUUUUUCCAAAGGAUUAUGAGUUUAAAAAGGAAGAUAUAGUUCAAUUUUGGAUCGCAGAAGGUUUAAUUCCAAAAGCUGACAAUGGAAAGAGCAUAGAAGCGGUAGCUAGAAAAUACUUUGAUGAGCUGUUGGCACGAUCGCUAUUUCAAAAGUCAAGCAAAUCCGGUUUCACAAUGCAUGAUCUCAUUAAUGACUUGGCCAUGUUCAUGUGUAAGGCAUUUUGCCUUAGGCUAGAAGGGGGGGAAUCACAUGACGUAGAAAAAGUUCGGCAUUUUUCAUAUGCUAUAGAAAGAUUUGAUGCAGCUCCAAAAUUUAAGCCAUUACAUGGGGCUAAGUUUAUGCGGACCUUUCUACAAGAUUUGUUGCCAUCACUAAGAUGUUUACGGGUGUUAUCAUUGUCACGUUAUCGAAAUGUUACUGUGUUACCUGAUUCUAUUGCAAACCUCAUUCACUUGCGCUACUUGGAUCUUUCCCAUACCGCUAUU